AUGCUUCCCGCACUCCGUAUCGCCGCUCGCCAAGCUGCAACUCGUCGAGGAUCGGCUUCAGCUAUUGCCUUCCAAGCUACGAGAGCUGGGUCCACCUGGGCCAAUGUGCCUCAAGGUCCUCCAGCUAUUCUUGGUAUCACCGAAGCUUUCAAGGCCGACUCCUUUGAGAAGAAGAUCAACCUAGGUGUUGGUGCCUACCGAGAUGACCAAGGCAAGCCUUAUGUGCUCCCUUCUGUCCGUGCCGCCGAGGACAAGAUCGUCGCGAAGCGCUUAAAUAAGGAAUAUCUUGGCAUUACCGGCCUCCCCGAGUUUACCACUGCAGCCGCUGAGCUGGCCUAUGGCAAGGGCUCAUCUGCCCUUGAACGUCUGGUCAUCACCCAGUCUAUCUCGGGCACUGGAGCUCUGCGCAUCGCCGCUGCCUUCCUGUCCCGGUUCUACCCGGGCGACAAGACUAUCUACAUCCCAACUCCUUCGUGGGCCAACCACAAAGCAGUCUUCCUCGACUCUGGUCUCAAGGUUGAGCAAUACCGCUACUAUGACAAGAACACUAUCGGUUUGGACUUUGAAGGAAUGCUAGCGGACAUCAAGGCCGCUCCCAAAGGAAGCAUAUUCUUAUUCCACGCUUGCGCCCAUAACCCGACUGGAGUCGACCCUACCACCGAGCAGUGGAAGGAGAUUAGCAAUGUCGUUAAGGCUCAAGGUCACUACGCCUUUUUUGACAUGGCCUACCAGGGUUUCGCCAGCGGUGACACGAACAAGGAUGCCUUCGCCGUACGACACUUUGUCGAGCAAGGCCAUGACAUCUGCCUAGCGCAAAGCUUUGCUAAGAAUAUGGGUCUCUACGGAGAACGUGUAGGUGCCUUCUCCAUCGUUGCCUCGUCACUUGAGGAGAAGAAGCGCCUCGAGUCUCAGGUCAAGAUCCUUAUCCGACCCCUAUACUCGAACCCUCCUCUCCACGGUGCACGUAUCGCAUCUGAGAUCCUCAACGACCCGGCUCUUAACAAGCAGUGGCUAGGUGAGGUUAAGGGCAUGGCCGACCGCAUCAUUUCAAUGCGUGCCCUCCUCAAGGAAAACCUUGAGAAGCUCGGCAGCGCUCAUGACUGGAGCCAUAUCACUUCGCAGAUCGGCAUGUUUGCCUACACCGGUCUCGAUGCCGCCUCUAUGGAAAAGCUGGCCAAGGAACAUAGCGUCUAUGCUACAAAGGAUGGUCGUAUUAGCGUCGCUGGCAUCACAUCCGGCAACGUCGGACGCCUAGCCGAGGCUAUCUACAAGGUUAAGGGUUAA